AUGGAUACCCAUCUAAGGGAGCAAGUUAUGAUAAAUCAAUUUGUCCUGGCCGCUGGAUGUGCCAGAGAACAAGCCAAACAAUUGCUCCAGGCGGCUCAUUGGCAAUUUGAGACUGCGCUUAGUAUAUUCUUCCAAGAAGCGGCAAUACCAUCCUGCCCACAAGGACGUGGAGCGCAUUUAGGUCAGAUAACGCCUUGUAAUACACCUGCAACACCUCCAAAUUUUCCAGACACAUUGUUGGCUUUUCAAAAAAUGUCUGCAGGUGACAAAACGCCCUCGGGAAUGUCUCCAAAGCAAAAUGGACAGCAGCAGACAACGUCUCCAAUGUCUCACCAUGGAAUCCGGUGUAGUGUGUCCGGUACUCAACAGCAGGCACAAAACCAGCAGCAAUUUGGAUUCGGAGAGCCUCAGAGAUAAAACGCUCGAAUAAUUCGUACAAACGAUUCUUGAUUUUCAGUGAGGCUUGCAUCAU